AUGUCGGACCUGACGUCGCUCCCUGAACCACAAGCUUUCGUGGAUGAUGCGAACCUCUAUCUGCAAUCGCUCUCCGUGCAACAUGACUCCAAUCUCUCCGCCGGCGCCGACCUUGACGUCCUGCACACAACUCGACUUGCCCGCACCAUCCGACGCGCCACGCUCAUAUAUGCCGCCUCCUUUGACAUCAUUCCCGCCGUCGCUCAACGCGAAUCUCAUCAAGGCAACAAUACCGCAAACUAUCUGCGCGGGCUCAUCUCACGUCUCUCGACAGCUCUAAAGGACAGGAACGAUGCCGAGUUGGAAACACUGGUUGACGCCGCGACGGCCGAACUAGAUGCAUGUAAAGAAGGAGAGCAAGGUAUCUUUACAACCCUGCAAGUCGUCACUGUCUCCAAAGGUUCCGGAGCGGAGCUUGAUUGGCUUUCAGAUAUCCCGAACGACCCCGAUGCUGAGAAUUCAGUGUCCGAUGCAGUUGUUGUACAAGAUUCUUCGGAAAAUGCACUUGCACUUCCGAGUCUACACAACAAGAAUAGGGCCAAAAGGAACUCAGGGGGGUUUAGAAGUUCUCUGCAACUCAAGAGAGAUGCUUCUGGGCCGUCUAUGACAAUCUUGACUUCCGGGCAGACCCCCCCAAGAGGAGGCCAAAGGAAGCAAAAAUAUCCUUCUUGCUUUGCGACCUACGGCAACCUCAGUUCCAAGGAAAAGCUCCUACUAUGGGUUUACAUCCUGUUGCUGCUAGCGUCUGUCAUUCCCAUUGCAGUUGUCACGGUUGACUUCACAAAGAAACAAAUCAACCCAGAGUCCUUUAUUCGCACCCAAGUCAGCGACAGUUUGCCAGCUCCUGUUGUGACGAUUUGUCUAUCGCAGCGCGGAAUACCCUUCAGUCGUUUACAACUGUACAAUUUUACCGACGCGCAAGGCGUCAACUUCCGUGGGGCAGACCCUAAAGGGCCACAGACAGACAGACAAAGUCCUGAGUUCGAGGCUGUUGUUGAUCGAUUUUGGGACAACCCUGGCAAUGAGGAUUGCAAUAAGACUGUAGGGGACUUCUAUCCUUUUCCGCUUGAGUCUUUGAAUCAGCUCACUUCGGGCGAGAAAAACUCGCAAUGUAGGCCUUGCUACCGCGUUGGUCGCAAGACCGUCAUGGCAACUUCCACAGAUUUCCGAGACAGUUCCAUACUCGACCUGUACACAGACAAUUACUUUCUGCAAUGCAUGAAGAGUAUUAACACGUUGGAUAACAGAUCGCUCACAUUCUGGCAUGGGCAACUCAACGAAAAGAAAAAGAAGAUGGAGGAGCUUGGUGUUCUGUCUUCGCAGGUAGAUAAUGUCAAAGUUGCUGACCUGGAGCUUGAACAGUUUGAGAAAAUCGACUCUGAGCAAGGAUGCAAUAUCUUCUACUUUGGCUUCUUUCCGAAAUUGCUGAAUACUGGGACUGGAGGUGUAGAUAUUAAAUAUGCCUGGGACGGAAGUACCUGGAAUCCAGUGGGCAAAGGGCCGUACUUUAAACUGAAAACGACGGAAGACUUGCUGCCGGAGGAGUCCCUGCAAAUGUUUGUAGGCCGAAACGUGUCAACGGAAGAAAACAAAGUGGGUGAGAACUUAGACAUGCUUCUCCUCGGGCCCAACACGCAGACGUAUGCUAGUUUUCAGCCGGUAAUAGACUACGAUGGAGAGCGAUUCGACAUAAGCAGUUCGACAACGAACCUACGGCAGGAUGAAGUGACACCGAUAUUCGGCUAUUGGCUCGUGUACCGUGUGUAUUACAAUUUCAACCGCUUUGUUGUAGAAGAACAUUACUUGGACUCGACUUAUCCCGCUGGUCAGUGGUUUGUUGAUGUGAGUGGGUACGCAUCAUUAUUUACAGGGGCCAGUCUGCUUUCGUUGAUUUUCUUUCCGCUGUGGCGGGCACGGCAGAGGAGAGAGGACCGGAGACUAAUGCAUGAGCGACCGGAGGCCUAUUAUUGGUCAGAGCACAAGAAAAGACAUCUAACCACCACGCCAGAUAUGGACCGAGAGCCCCAUCGAUCUAGAGCGUUGUUCAUGGAACACGUCAAGACUGGUCGGUAA